CCAGCCCCUCUCUACGGCCGCCCGCUGCUCCCUCCCACCCCGCGGAGUCCUGCCGCGGGGGAUGCUCCGGCUCCCACCUCCUGGGGGAGCUGCGCAUUUCCGCGCGCCGGGGCGGCCCCUGCCCCGGCCAGCCCUCGCGGCGGCAGCCCGCGUUCCGCGUUCCCGGGAAGUUGUCUCAGGAGCCCGCGGCGCCUGGGUCUCCUCCCCCUGAGCCCCGCCCCCCAGCCCAGAGCUGGGAUCCGCGAGCUGCCCGGCCCGGGGGCGUCGCCGCGCGCUCUGAGAAGCCAACGAGUCUCCGCUUCCCUGCGCGGAGCGCGCGUCCCCCGCCUGCCCGAGGACCCCCGCGCACCCCAGAGACGGCGCGCGCCCAGAGCGCGGGAGCCCGGAGCGCCGGGCGCCUGGGACCCCGCGGAGCCGCUGCCCAGCCCGUGGGGCUCGGCGGGGAUGCAGGCUGCGCUGUGAACCCGGGCGCCAAGGCCAUGUCCGGUGCUCGCUGCCGGACCCUGUACCCCUUCUCCGGGGAGCGGCACGGCCAGGGGCUGCGCUUCGCCGCGGGCGAGCUGAUUACGCUGCUGCAGGUCCCGGACGGCGGCUGGUGGGAAGGCGAGAAGGAGGACGGGCUCCGUGGCUGGUUCCCGGCGAGCUACGUGCAGUUGCUGGAGAAGCCUGGAAUGGUCCCCCCUCCGCCGGGAGAAGAAAGCCAGACGGUCAUCCUUCCACCUGGCUGGCAAAGCUACCUGUCGCCUCAGGGCCGGCGGUACUAUGUCAACACGACCACCAAUGAGACCACCUGGGAACGUCCCAGCAGUUCUCCUGGGAUUCCAGCCAGCCCUGGCUCUCACAGGAGCUCUCUGCCUCCAACAGUGAAUGGAUACCACGCGUCAGGGACCCCAGCGCACCUUCCAGAGACUGCCCACAUGAGUGUCCGAAAAUCCACCGGUGAUUCCCAGAACCUGGGAUCCUCAUCGCCAAGCAAAAAGCAGAGCAAGGAAAACACCAUCACAAUAAACUGUGUGACGUUCCCUCACCCAGACACGAUGCCGGAACAGCAGCUGCUGAAACCAACCGAGUGGAGCUACUGCGACUACUUCUGGGCCGAUAAGAAGGACCCCCAAGGCAACGGCACUGUGGCUGGGUUUGAACUACUGCUCCAGAAACAGCUGAAGGGCAAACAAAUGCAGAAGGAAAUGUCAGAAUUCAUCCGGGAAAGGAUAAAGAUUGAAGAAGACUAUGCGAAGAACUUAGCUAAGCUCUCUCAGAACUCUUUGGCUUCACAGGAGGAAGGCUCCUUGGGAGAGGCGUGGGCUCAGGUGAAGAAGAGCCUGGCGGACGAAGCAGAAGUUCAUCUCAAGUUCUCUGCCAAGCUUCACAGCGAGGUGGAGAAGCCCCUGAUGAACUUCCGUGAGAACUUCAAGAAAGACAUGAAGAAGUGUGACCACCACAUUGCCGACCUUCGCAAGCAGCUCGCCAGCCGCUAUGCCUCGGUGGAGAAGGCCCGGAAAGCCCUCACAGAGCGGCAGAGAGACCUGGAGAUGAAGACCCAGCAGCUGGAGAUCAAGCUGAGCAACAAGACAGAGGAGGACAUCAAGAAGGCGCGGAGGAAGUCCACACAGGCUGGAGACGACCUCAUGCGCUGUGUGGAUCUCUACAACCAGGCCCAGUCCAAGUGGUUUGAAGAGAUGGUGACCACCACAUUGGAGCUAGAGCGGCUGGAGGUGGAGAGGGUAGAGAUGAUCCGGCAACACCUUUGCCAGUACACGCAGCUGCGGCAUGAAACAGACAUGUUCAACCAAAGCACAGUUGAGCCCGUGGAUCAGCUGCUUCGAAAAGUGGACCCGGCCAAAGACAGGGAGCUGUGGGUCAGAGAGCACAAGACGGGCAACAUCCGCCCUGUGGACAUGGAGAUCUAGAUGGGCCUGUGCAGCUUUGGGGGGGUCCUGCUGGGGAGCGGGGCUGGGCUCCCACCAUGGGGCCCAUGCCGAGUGGAUGCCCCCCACCCUCUCUCCUGGGCCACUGAGGAGAGGGGAGAGAGCUGGUGAUUCCAGAAGGGUGACCCAGACAGCCUAGCUGGGGGCUCCCCCAUAUUCCCAGGCCAGAAGACAGACCCACAGCCCUGCCCUUGUCUCUGAGGCUGAAGACCCCCUGACUCCCGUGCUGUGCUUGCUGCUCUGAAACAAACGGAGGCUGGAACUCUGUGGUCCCUGCCGAGUUUUGUAGGGGUCACUGUCACAGGCUUGUGCCCUGGAAGCCCCAAGGCUCUUUCUCCAGCUGGCUCCCUUGUCUCCUUUGGAGGAUCAGGGGAGGGAGGUCUCUGUCUCUAAGCCAGGUGUCAGGAUCAGAAUCAUGGGUAGAAGGUGCCAUUCAGCUCACAGCCGUACCCAGAAUCUUUUGCAGCCCUCCUUCUUUAUGUUUUUCCCAUUGCAUUCUGGGAGCCCACAUCUGGCUUUCUUAGCCACUGUUCAUCACCAGGGGUUUUAGGAGGAAGGCUUGGCUCCUGUCUUCCCAGACCCACCAUGCCUGGAGAGGUCAGGAUGGAACUACCUCAUUCGGCAAAUUAGCCCCAAAUUGAGCGCUGAAUCGUGUCCUGUGAGAUCAGGCGCCAUCUGUAAAGUCUCCUCUGGAAAUGCCAAUCCAUCCUUCCCCCAGCUGCUUCCUUGGGGAGCCCCCUGCCCCCACCCUGCCACCCCUUCCCAGUCGCAUUAGAGGAAGCUUUCCAAAGUUCUCAGUUAUCAAGACCUCAUCCAGCUCGUCCAAAGGCUUCAGGGAUGGAAACAAACCAGCUCGUCUCAGAGGCCAGCAAGCUGGGGCCUGUCCGCCACGGUGCCCUCUGCACCUUUGGGCUGCCCUGGCCCCCCCUCUCCCAGGCCGCCCACCACAGGCUCUUAAUGGGGCCGGGUCAGUCCUACAUGGGAGCUGGGUUAGGGCAAGUCUUUGCCAUCCCCCAGAUGGCUCUGUCUUCUUGUGUAUGGCAGGGCUGGGACUGCUGUCCCUUGUAUAGUUUUCUGUCACUGGUGGGCACUGGACAGGCAUAGCAGACUCUCUUGUGGCCACACUAGGUUGUCGCCUUUCAGGCAGUGUCCCGCCACCUUUGCUUCCAGCUCCUUCUGGACGUUCCAGAGCCCUGCACCAAACCCUCAGUUGGUGUCUGCACCUCCUUUCCCUCUCUCCGUCUUCCAGUCCCUGGAAGAGUCUGGUCUGAGUGUGACUUGGGAAGCUUUCAGUGCUGCUGUUUGGCCCAGCUCAUUACUUUCUCCCUUUCUCUGCCACAGCAAACCCAUUCUCCACCAUGUCAGUCUAAAGGGGCCGGGAGAAGCGUGAGUGAGGGGCAGAUUCUAGUCGGGAGCCCAUGCCCUGGAAAUCCAUCUUUCUUCAUCUUUCUCAUUGACCACUUUGGGUUUGACCUGCACAUCUGCAAUGAGGGCAGAAUUCAACAAGCACAACUCACUGGUCUUUCAGUCAAUGUGCUAGAAACCGAUGACUUAUUCAUCUCUAAUUUUUUGGCGCCUCUUUCAUUGAAUGAGAAUUGCUUUCUUAUAGUUCACAUUAGAAAAAUGCCUAAUAUACUAAAGUAAGCCAAACAUUGUCACUUUUCUCUUGUUCUUGAAACAUUGCAACCAAAAAGGCCAGCGCAAAGGCCUUCACCGACAUGAAGACCUCCUGGUAGGAUCUGUCCAUGGGACAGAGAACCACUCUGUCCAGAUCUGGGGUCGGGUCAUGACACCAGCUACCAAUUUUAGAAUAUUAUUUCUUGGUUUCUUUAUGAAAAAUGGGUGCUAGUGGUAAUUGCUUUGUGGCUUAGUGAACUACUUUGUGGAUGAUUUCCAAACAUUCAAAGCCAAUAGCCUUGUUAUUAACAAGAUAUUUUGAGUACAGUAUGGCUCAUUGACUUUUCCAUCUCCAUUUGAGGAUUCCAGAGUCCUCUGUUCAUCCCUGGGAUAGAGUGAGCCCUCUUGCGUCUUCCAGGGUAGCUCAAGUUGGCCCAGUUUGGGCCAGUCCAUUUUUGGAGGUCACUCUUUCCCCCCUUCAUCCCCUCACCUCCUUCUCUUUGCCCCCUUCAUGUACUUCCUUUCUUUCUUCCUUCUGUUAUUCAUUCAUCAAGCAAGUUAAAGCCAUUGUGUUAAGAUCUAAUCUGAGGAUGCUAUAAUGGCCCUGUUAUCAGGGAAGCCCAUGAUCUCUCGUUUUCAGGGGCCUUACCGGUCAGCAACCUUGGCAUUGAUACAUAGGUACUCUGCAGAAUUUAAGUUUUCAGAGGUAAGUCUGUUGUGCUGAUUAAUCUACAUUCAUUUAUUCAGCGAAUGCUCAAGAUAAGCCAGGCGUGCUGAGACGCGGCGCUGUAGUUGUGUGUAAGAUGGGCAUUCCUCUGCUCUCCUCUAUUCUCCAUGUUGACAGAGAAGAGUAUAAUAAGAACAUUGUACCCUCUCCACACUUAACCCUCUGGGAUACUUUAUUAUAAUAUAAACUACUGUCGUGAGGCAUUUACCUGUUGGAUGGAAGGUAGACAGCAACAAGAUUUUAAUCACCUGGUCACCAGACCCUCACGGCCCAUAUCCAACUCGAAUUUCAGAAAUUUCUUUGUUUGCUUUAAAUAACUCUUUACAAAUAAGGGCCGGGCACGGUGGCUCAUGCCUGUAAUCCCAGCACUUUGGGAGGCCGAGGUGGGCAGAUCACGAGGUCAGGAGAUUGAGACCAUCCUGGCUAACAGGGUGAAACCCCAUUUCUGCUAAAAAUGCAAAAAAUUAGCCAGGCGUGGUGGUGUGCACCUGUAGUCCCAACUACUCGGGAGGCUGAGGCAGGAGAAUCGCUUGAACCUGGGAGGUGGAGAUUGCAGUGAGCCAAGAUUGGGCCACUGCACUCCAGCUUGGGUGACAGAGCAAGACUCCAUCUCAAAAAAAUUAUAAAUAAAUCACUCUUUACAAAUAGGAAAGUGAAGGCCAAGGGUACCCAGUGAGGCUGUGAAAUGGCCAGUGAAUUAAGAGCAGGGCUGGAGUCGGCAGUCCAGACCCCCUAUCCGUAUGAACAGGCCCGUUUGGUUGAAAUCAAGAUUAGGAUGCAACGGAGAAAAUAAAAGACUGCACUUUGGAGAGGCAAGCAUGCUAUCCGGGUUGUUGUUUUAUGUCUUGGUGCUUAGGUGAGGACUUAGCUGGGUUUAUUCACAGUGGGCGGGUCUGGGCUAUUCUUGAGAACGUCCAUUCCAUUUCUGAGAACAGGUCAGCCCCUUCUACCUGCCUCCACCGAGGAGACUGAUGCACAAGAUCUGUUUGUGAAAGCCUGAUUUAAAAAGAAAAAAAAAGUCCUUCAGCCAAAUGGUGUUCCAGGUUGGUUGCCAUGACAGCCUCCAGGAAGAGCCACUUGUUACCCUCUAUUCUUUCUAGUGCUUUCCAUCAGUGGCAACACAUAGGCCACUUGGACCGUGAGGACCGCGGCCCUGAGAUUCUGUCAGUGGGACCACCCUGGGCCUCCUUUCUACCUCCACUCAGCACCCUGUUGGCCAAGGAGAAUUUCUGCCGUGGGAGGCAGUGCUGUGCUAGUCAGGGUUGAUAAACAGCUGGGCACACCGAAACAGUGUACCAACGAAUUCACCAGCCAGGGGUUUGUUUCCCUACCCUUAGUGAAAACAAAUCAAUUACUAGAUGAGUGGAUGGAUGCAGAAAAAUCUGGGCUGAGCCAAAGUCCCUUUUGGAAAUACAAGCCAUAAAAUUUGAAGGACAUCAGCGACCUUGGCUUGUUUAGGUGAUUUUACUUCCAGCUGCAGGUAGUCUUGACAAGGAGCAUUUAAACAGAAGGCUCAAGAUGCGCUCCUUGUGUAGGUAGGAGAGAGCAGUUCUAAUGUUAAGUGGGGUACAGAUCAGCUGCCUGCCCACAUAGCCUGGACAUCGUCUUAUCCCCAUAAUCCUUCCCAUCCCUACAAGGCCCAUCGCCACCACCUUUUCCCAGGUUUAUUGAGGUAUGAUUGACAUCCAGUAAAAUUCACCCUUUGGAAAUACACAGUUCUGUGAAUUUUGACAAAUUUAGUGUCUUGUGACCAUCACCAAGAUCAACCUGUUUUUAUCACUCCAAAAAAUUCCCUCCUCCUGCCCUCUUUCCCUGGCAACCCUGAUUGAUUAUCUGAUCCUAUAAUUUUGCUUUUUUAGAAUGUCAUGUAAAUGGAGUCACACUGAUGUCGCCUUUGAGUCUGGCAUCUUUCCCUCAGCUUAAUGCUUUUGAGUCAUUCACGAUGUGUGCGUGUGGUUUGUUCCUUCUUGUUGCUGGGAAGUAUUUCAUUGCAUGGGCAUACUACUAUGCUUCUUUAUUUUUACACUGAGCCUUUCGCCCUGGAAGUACUUGGCCCAGGGUCUUCAACUUGUUUGCAUGGCCACUUCCAGCUUGCUGCUUCCUGCAACUCCCCAGGCUCCUCCUCCAAAUGCCAGCUGUGCCCACAAACUGUUCUUAGGGCUCACACUCGCCUUUUGGCACGUGGUGGGUUUUUGGUAGUGCAGAAAGAAUCCAGGGAUGGGAGGGGAAGGGAUGGAUGGGUGCUUAAUUGCUGCUCACGUCUGCUGCCACCUGAAGCUUGCAUCUCAGCCAGCAGAUCUGCUCCCUCCUGGGACCCAGGCUUCAGUGUCACACGGUCCUUGGCUAUGUAUUGGGCAUUGGAGGCUUUGAAAGGUGAGCAGAAGCAGCAUGGACAAGAAGGCUGGGGCUGGUCCUGGGGCUCAUCACGACGCUUUCCUGGAUCUGUUGCUUCAUCUGCAAGCUGAGGGUGUUUGUUCUAGAUGAGUGUCUCAGGCCACCGGCAACUGCAUGUACCUCCUCCCUUUCUCAUUUCCAAUGAUGUACCCUGUACACGUGUUCAUGCUGUGUCUGGCUCUCAUCUGCACAGUCGUGCAUAGAAUUGCCUCAAGUCCUGGUGAGAGAGAUGCCUUGGCACUUUUCCAUUUAGGUUCAAAUGGAGCUAAAAUUAAGAGUUUUAUGAGCUGUUAAGAAUGAGGUAGUUUCUUCUAGGACCCCCAAAGAAAGUGCAAGUAAUGACCGUUUGGGUCUCAUUCGCCGAUCUUUGAUAGUAUGUUCUGGAGUCUACUCCCCAGGAGCCAGGACAGGCGUGAAGAUGGAGUCCUUGUCGCAGCUGGAGCCUUGCCUAGCUGGUGGUCACACAGCCUGGCCGGUGCCUGCACCCACUGGAUGGUGGUACAUGGUGGCAGGGACAGGACCACACCCAGCUAAGGCCAGGCCAGGCUGAGUGUGACCUCCGAGGUAAACACUCCUCUAAGCUAUGUCUUGUUCGUGCCCCCUACUCAGUGAAAGGUGAGUCCCGAGACCAGCUGGGUACCUCUCUGUGUGAACCAGAGACAUCUCUGGAUCCAGGCCAGGUGAAGGUUAGGACCGGGAAGCCUGAGCCCCCGGGGCCUCAAGGUAGGGAGCCGAGGGACUCUGCUGGGUUGAAUUUUGCCGGGGAGGACUCUUGUCUCCCCCUCAGGAGUAUUUUUCUUGAGGCUUUCCUGGAGGUGAAGAAGCAAUUCCCAUUGCAGCAGGUUAGAGCAAGAAUCAGGGCAAAAACCGAUUCGCUUCUCGCCACGUUCUAAAUGCUGGGGCGUGGCUGUCAGGAGGCCUUGCUGGAAGGUGUCUCUGGGGCUGGGGUGAGGUUGGGGUGAUGGCCUUUGGAGAUUGCGUGUGGUGUUCAGGACUGUUCCUCGGUGUUUGAGGGAAACUUUAGUGGGAUUGCAGUGGAAUGUAAGGUCAGGGCAUGUGGGUGCUGUCUCGGGGUGGGUGACUCGGAGACCUAGAGGGAAAGCCUGCUAUGCAGGGGGAGGGCACAGGACUGGCCCUGCUCUGCAGCCUCCUUUGUCCCGUAACCUGAAGUUAAGUCACAUCCCCUGUCAGGACCUCCGUGCACUCACCUGUCAAGUGGGGGCGCUUCCCUUCCAGCAUCACCUGCAGCAGACGGGCUCUUGGGAAUCGUGGGUUCCAGGCAGGUGUGUGGACCCAGGGACAGACAUUCAAAGGGACGCCAGCCAUCCUUGGUGACAGGGGCCCCAACUUAGCAUCCCUUCCCUUCCGUUAGGAAGCAGAUGACCGGAGGCAACCCCUUCACAGACACGAGCACAUUGGCAAACCCUAUGAGAGUGGAAUUUUCUAACAAAAUAAACUUGCUUGUUUGAUCUGUUUUCUGUAACUUUUGCUAAAUACUUUAUACAUUUUUCAUGUUAAAGAGCCGUGUCUCCUGCCGGCACUCCUCACCCCGGUAUGAAUGUGUUUCCCCCACAUUGUAUAUCCUUCCACCCUCUGGCUGCCUAGAUCAGUAAAUAAAAUUGAUGUAAUAUAAUUUAUAAGUAACACUGUUGAAACCCUGAUCCCAGUGGAGGCUGUAACCCACCUGCCCCCGCACCGCCCCCCCGACCCCUGUUACCGCAUUUGUGUGUAUUAAUGCUGAAGAAUUAAAUGUUUAAAGAGUUUAAA